AUGGUUUUGAUGAAGGUAUUUGCUCCCAAUGUGCAUUGUUCAGAGAUGCAUUUUGGUUUUGAUGAAGAGAUGGGAAGGAAAGAAAGUAUUGUACACAUGAUCAAGAAUGAUAGCAUAUCUAUCCUAUUUGUUUCACCUGAAAUUGUUAUCUUACUAUAUUUUCCAUCUUUGCAGGAGGUUACUGCAUUGCAGUUUGACACAGAUGGGGGUUUCCAAAUGGGAGUUGGAAGUAGCACGGGGAAGGUGUUGCUUUAUGAUUUGCAAUCCUCAUAUCCUAUACGAAUCAAGGAUCACAUGUAUGGAAGUCCAAUAUUGGAUAUUCAGUGGCAUCAUAGUCUUAACACUGAACGACCAAAGUUAAUUACAAUAGACAGUAAGAUGGCUGGCGUCAGGUCCACUCACCCCACAAAGGUCAGACCAUUGGGACAACCACCGUCUGUUCCCGUUAGGAUAGUGGGUGCGCGUCAGGGAGAAGGCAGGACCCCGAUUGAACCAUCAGGUGGGAAGAUAAAUGAUAUAUGUGUGUUCAAAGACAGCGGGUUGGUGUUGCUGGCUUUAGCUAGCAGCCAGGUACCAGCUUACUUCAUACCUGAUUUGGGAACUAGUCCCAAAUGGUGUGCUCCAAUGGAAAACAUGACGGAAGAGCUAGAGGAAGGUGGACAAACAACCAUAUAUGAUAACUACAAGUUUUUUACUAGAGAAGAUCUUGAAAAGUUGAAUUUGACCAGUCUGAUUGGCACCAAUCUUCUAAGAGCUUACAUGCAUGGCUUCUUUAUUGAUUAUCGACUAUAUAAGAAGGCAAAGGCAAUAGCAGAUCCUUUUGCAUAUGAAACCCAUAAAGAGGAGCAGAAACAAAGGAAACUUGAAGAGCAACGUGCAUCUAGAAUUACGCUUAAAAGGAAAUUACCCAAUGUUAACUGUGGUCUUGCAGCUCGUAUCCUUGAAAAUGAAGAAGCUGAAGAUGAAAGUAAAGAUGUUGAUGACAACGAGACUAAGAAGAAAUCCAAGAAGAAGAAAGGCCUUGGCAGUGAUGUUUUCAAAGAUGAACGAUUUGUAGCAAUGUUUGAAAUUAAGCAAUCUGAAGCAUUUUGGAACCGUGUAUCACUUGCAAAAGAGGACGCUCUUCCUAUGGGAGAGAGGUUGAAGGCUCUCCAAAAUGAUCGGCAGGCUUCUGGUCUCCCAAGUGAUGUGAAGUUGGGACCAGGAGGUUGGCGAGAGAUUUCUUUCAUUACUAGAAACUCGACCAAGUACGAGGAAGAUAAGGAGGACAAAGAGGCACAUCAUGUAAAGAGGAGAGGAAUACAAUCAUUAGGGCUGAAAACCAGAUAG